UAGAUAGCUGCGGAGUGCGGUCGAUCGAAACGACAUCGGCCUGAGGCUCAACUCACUAAAAAUAGUUGCGAUUUGAAUUAUAAUAGUAAUUUGCAUAAUUUAAUUGAAAUUGUUUUACAAAAAACUUUUUAUUAUUAACCCGCCUUUAUUAUAUUAACACGUGAUUUGUGCUUAUUUGUUAUUAGUGAAUCGGUAGUCUGUUGUCCCUUGGCGUUUAUUUAGCCGGCCAUUUUCUAUUUUCGUAUCGAAGUAAGACCCAGUGACUGAUCACUGAAGUUCGAUAAAAACUGGAUUGUCCUAAAUGUUAUGUUAACUCUAAGACAGUUGUGAGUGAAAACCGGUAACAAAAUAUUAUUGUGUUUUGAUUAUUUAUUAUUACUGUGACAUUUGUGUUUUGUGAUCGUAAAAUUAUGAACAAGACGCAUUAUUUUCGUAGGAGUUGUUAGUUCAUUAAAUUUAUUAAAUCUUUGGAUUAUUGUUACAUUAAAUUGGACAAUGAACGUUAAUCAUGACAACAAAGAUUGAACCUGAUUUCCCUUCAUCGCCACCAAACGAUGAAUCAGAUGGAGAAGAACAAGAAAUAGAACAAAACUAUCAAGAAGAAGUGGAAACGAAGAAACCUGAAACAAAUGUUGCAAGUUUGCUGGCGCGACUCCAAUCAUCUGGCGCUCUAAUAAAAAAACCAAAACAGGAGUAUCGCUGCUUCACUUGUGAUACAGAUUUCUCAGAUUGGGAGGAGUUGGAGAAUCAUCUUAUAAAGCACGUGUCACUGCCCUCGGUGGUAAUAGACAAGCUGCCGUCCGACGAGGAAGAUCUGCCGCAUUCGGGUGAUGAGAAUUGGUCAGAUGAUGAAGAUGUUCCUGCCCCACCAAAACCUAAUGCGCCUAAAGCGCCCCAAAAGAUAGACAUAUCUCAAAUAUUAAAGAAGACGGGAAUUUCAUUGAAAAAACAAAGUGAUAAUAGUGCAAAAAGUUCAGAUUCAGCUUUGAAUAAAUUAAGUGGCUUGGGUUUUACGAUAACAAAAAAUUCAACUCCAAUAAAAAAAGAAAAACCCGAUCAUGAUACUGAAAAAACUAGUGAUGUGAUGCAAAAAUUGGGUAAGCUUGGAGGUAUUAAACUCAAACUAAAGUCAGAUGGGAAUAACACAAAUUCAUUUAAAGUUGUAAAUGGUCUUAAAGACUUUAAGGCUUCUGACGAUGAAGAUGAAGGUAGCGGAAAUGACGACGACAAAGAUGAUCAAGAGUAUGACGAUGAAAAUGAUAAAUCUGGAGAAAAUGAAGGUUCUGGAGGCGAACAUGACUCUGACGAUCAACAAAGUCACAACAAUAGUAAUAGAUCUGAUAGCAGUGAUUCUGAUAAGGAUAAAAGAAUAAUUCCUAAUUUACCUAAAGGCAUUCAAGGGAAAUUAAUAACACCAAAAAAAGAACCUGUUAGUACUCCUACUAAAGUAGCACCGGUUAAAAUUCAACAGGAAGAAAGUCUAAAAGUGAAGCCACCAAAUAGACCUGCUAUCAAACAAACACCUAAAAGGGGACCUAGUGUUCCCAUAGCAGUUAAAGAGCCUCCUAAAAUAAGUGAAGCUAUUGUAUCAAGACGACCGUCUGAUAAUGUUACAAUAGAAAGGAAAGAAUCUAUCGAUCGGACAGAGAAUGUGGUAGUAAAACAAGAGCUGCCUGAAACUCCAAGUGGUGAAACACAAAAUAACUUACCCUUAUUCACAGGUCAAAUUAAAUCGGAAAGAUCGUCACCACCUUUAUCAGAAAGAACGACACCCAUUUUGGCACGCAUUAAAUCUGAACCAGAAGGUCCAUCAUUGGGUGUUGUAUCCGAUCCAAGUAACCAAAACACUCAAAAUACUAAAAACAUAACUUCUCUACUUCCAGUGACAAAAACUGAGGAUGUUAUAACUGUAAUUGAGAUUAAUGGAGAUUCAAAUGACGAAGAUGAUGACUGUUGUGUUGUAUCGACUACUCCGGCUCCCGAUAUCAAGCCAAUUGUACCUAAAAUUGAAAAUCCACCACCUGCUUUUUCUACGACACCUCUUACAUCUUAUGCAUCGCCACAAUCGUCUUACAACUCGACUACGCCAUUGCCGUCUCGGUUAUCAUCAGCACCAUCUACAGAAAAGCAACAUAACUUCAAUUGGAACGCUCCAGAUAGUAAACCGCCAUUAGAUAUGCUUGAAAAAAGUGCAGAUGAUAUUUUUGAAAGUCUUCUAUCAACGUCCACAAAAAAGGAAAAUAUGUCGUCUUUAUCAGAUGCGAGUGAAUAUGUAUCUUUAGAUACGUUAGGUCCUCAACAUUCGUGUGACAUUUGCAAUACUCGGUUCACUGAUAUAUCACUUCUAGAAGAACAUAAAAGGGUGACAGGACAUUCUAAAAGCCUCGUUGCUCCGUCCUCAUCUUCACUGUUACCGUAUAAUCAUUCCUCGAAUAUUCUUUCAAGCUUACUCCCAGUCAAACAAUUAGCAGAACAAGUCGGGAAACUUUCAACCAUAGGUAAUAGUGGUCCAGGAUUUACUCACCAACAGAAUGUUAUGAUUAAUAUACAAGCAUAUCCUGGUGCGGGAGGUGUUAUGGUUCCACCGCAAUAUAAUGCAUAUAAUUCUGGACAAAAUAUUCAUGGAGGCUAUCCUCAAACAUCUAGCAAUAUGUAUGGUGCUCCAGGUCAACCUAUGUCAAUGCCAAAUCAAUAUCAAGGACCAAAUUAUAUGAAUCAAGGGUAUGGGCAAUAUCAAACGCCAAUGUCGAAAUCUUAUCCAGGACCCAUGCCUCCGAAUUCUCAUUAUUCGAUGGCUUCUUCUCCAUAUUCCACAACAUCACCUUUACAAAGCAUGCAACAAAGUGUUUAUGGACAAUCACCCGGUGGUAUAAUGAAUCCUCCCGGUUCUAUGGGUCCACCUGGCUCGUCACCUAGUCAUUCCUACGCAUCUGCAUCAAGUCCUGGUGGAGGUAUUAAACAACAACCAGGAAGUGGCAUUAAAAUACAAAAUAUACAAACUUUUCCUCCUGCACAAGGUCCUGGUGGUCAACCGAUUACGUGUGGUCCAGAGUUAGGCCCAGGACAAAUGGCGCCUCCGGGUCAGACGAUGGCUGGGCAAAUAACUGGGGGUACACCGAUACGAAUGGCAGCCGGUGCAAGUAUAGCUGGUCCACGGCCGCGAUUACCUACAGUUAGAGGACAGAGACCUACAAUACGGCCAGGAAUCCAAGUACAUGGGCAAGUUCGUGGUGGUAAAGUCGGCCCACGAAUGCCAUUAAAGAGGCCGGGUGCGGUAGUGGGCGGGCCAGGACAAAAGCGAAGAACUGAUAUGUUGCUGCCUGGUAAACAUGAUAAUGAAGAUUGCCAAGUGAUGGCAAUGCAGAAACAGCGCGAGGGCCUUCCUAUGAUACAGAGUGUGCAGGGUGCGAAAGAUAAAUUGAAUCUUGGCAGCCAAAUAUCAAUAACGAAAAAGACUGUUAAUAAUGAGGCGAACGCUAUGGCGAAUGUUCUUGCAUCACGAGGAAUAAGUGUUAAACAAAAACAAAAAAGUAGGUCACCUACGCCUGAACGUCCUUUGCCUCAUAUUCCUAAUUUAGGAGCGGGAGUUAGUAUAAAGCAUACAUCCAAAUCUAGCAAAUUCUCAAUACCUGAGGCGAAGAUCGGAGGUGGAAUGUAUGCUUGUAAAAUAUGUAAGAAAAUGUUUAUGAAUCAUAAUUCAUUACAAGUUCACAUGUCGAAUGCACACCCCCAAAGUAAAAUACCUGUUUUUAAAUGUGACGAGUGUCCUGCCUCCUAUCCAAAAUCUUUGCAAUUGCAGCAUCAUAAAAGGGUAUUCCACAAUGUUACAGGACCUAAUAGAGAACUGGGUUUGCCUGUAGUUGAUCUCUCACAAGAAGAUAAUUUAAAGAGAUUGAGUAAUUUAGGAAUAUAUAGUUUUAUACCGUUGGCAAAUCGUGAGCAGGCUAAUGGAUGUUUUGGUAUACCCGUGAUAUCAGUGCACAACAUGCAAAAUGGUCUGACAUCAAGUUUACAGGCACUCGGAGCGGAUGGUUUAUUAAGCCUAGGGCCGCUCAAACCUUUGCCUAACUCGUAAAGUGAUCGAUAUUUUUUCGGUGUGUCAGAGAAAUGUUGAACAUUCUGUGAAUUUUAUUAAUAUUAUUUUUGUCACCCAUAACAUUUUGUAUAACAAACGUAUUGUUUACUCGCAUGUAAAAAUUCUCAAAAUAAAAAGGGCACAAAUAACUUUUUUUUUUAGAGCUUUAAAAUUUAAAUAUUUUUCACUUGACAACUUUGUGUUUUGAAAUGUCUUGCAGUACAUGGAUGGUUAUAAUAGUAAGAAUAGAGUAAUUGACAAACUAAACUAUUAAAUAUAAAGUAUUCUAUUCCAAUAAUGAAGUCUUGUAAUAUAAACAAUGUUUUUGUAGUACUUGACGGAUCUAAAUUUAUCAUCUUAAAGUAUGUUCUAAUAAUGUUACUUAAUCGAUCAUUUAUAUUUAAUAUUAGUUUAGAUAUUUCUUUUAUAAAGAGAAUAUUGUUUAUAAAAUAAGGUGCCUAUAUUGGAAUGGCGUCGAGCAAUGUGUUUUUUGUCAACUUGUAAAUAUAAUAUAUAGAAAAGAAUAACAUAUGUGAUUCGUUUUUUUUUUUCAAGUAAAAAUUCCUUGGAAUUAUUUUUCAAAGGCAUGUCCUUUGAAUAUUUCUAAAUUUAUUUUGUAUGAAUACUAUAAACAUAAGUAUAUUAUACUUGUACUAUCUAUUAUUGUAACAUAUUUUAUAAGAUCGUAGAAUUUUUCUCAUUGUAAAUUAAUCAUUAAAUAAAUAUUGAAAUACUUAAUUGUAAGGAAUUACAGAUCUUAUGUUUAUGUUAUAAUUAUAAGUUCAACUGUGUAGCAGCUAUCUUUUAGUAGAAAUAUUGACCGUUGAUAUAUAUUUUUAUAUUACGAGCCCUCCAAAAAACUUAUAAACGUGAUUAGAAAAAGUAUUUUGUUUGCAUAUUAUUGUGUUAUUUUUUAUUACACAUGACUCACAUGAGCCUAUUUUUUAUAGUCUUCUUUAGUGCGUUAAAAAUACAAUCUAAGGUUAACAAUUUUUAUUGACUUAUAUAUUAAGAAAAAAUGCUUCUACAAUACUAAGAAUAUUAAUAAAUAAUAUAGCUUUGUAUAUAGGCGCACGUCGGUGCAAAUAGCAAUAUAUGAAAGGGAAGAGAUAUUUUUGCGUUAAAUGUACGAGAAAUGAAUGUUUUAUGUUAAUUAUUUAAUUUAAACAAAAGAGGUUCUAUUAGGAAACAUCAUUCAGAUGAAGACUACAAGAUUUAUGAAUAAAAAAAUUUUAAUCGAA